AAGAGGUUGGUCAAGUUGAAAGACAGCAAGUACUACCGGGAACAGAAACAACAACGUCAGCAACAGUCAUCCACAUCCCAGUCUUCUACCCGAGGUUUGCAGCAGAAACAGCAACAGCGUGGAGUCAAUAUCGAAGGACAACAACGUGCGGAGGAAUAUUCCCAUCAAGAAUGGGAGCGUCAGGAAGAGCACGAGCCAGAAGAGGACGAUCAAGUUGAAAGACAGCAAGUACUACAGGGACAGAAACAACAACGUCAACAGCAAUCAUCGACAUCCCAAUCAACAAGCCGCACUUCGCAGCAACAAAAGCAACAGCGUCGAGUCGAUAACGAGGACCAACGACGGGGGGCUCGCCAAGAAGAACAUUCCCAUCAAGAAUGGGAGCAUCAGGAAGAGCACGAGCUAGAAGAGGUCGGUCAAGUUGAGAGACAGCAAGUACGUCAGGGACAGAAACAACGUCAACAGCAAUCAUCGACAUCCCAGUCGUCUAACCGCGGCUCGCAGCAGCAAAAGCAACAGCAUCAAGUCGUUACCGAGGAACAACGGCGGAGGGCUCGCCAAGAAGAAAAUUCCAAUCGGGAAUGGGGACGUCAGGAAGAGCACGAAGAGGUCAAUCAGUUUGAGAGGCAGCCAGCACGCUAUGGGCAGAAACAACAACGCCAACAACAGUCAUCGACAUCUCAAUCGACUAGCCGCGGUUCGCAGCAGCAAAAGCAACAAAUCGUUACCGAGGAACAACGACGUGCGGCUCGCAAAGAAGAAGAACAAUCCCAACAAAUUAGAAAGCGAAAGUUAGAGAGUAACAGCAGCAAUGGAACUAGCAGCAGCAAUGUAACUAGCAGUAGUCACACCAAGUACAUUAGCACUGGUUUCGUGCCACUUGGCAGUCAACCAAUCAAUAUCCAGCUGCAACCGGCACUCAUGGUGCCUUUUCUUUUUUCGCCUUCCGUUGCAUCGUUGUUGUCCAGCUCAAUGUCGGCUUCUUCGUCGUCUUCGUCGAAAAAUGGCUCGUCGUCGUCGACGGUGUGCCAAACUUCUGGUUACACGAAGAAAUGCCAAUUUGUCUACGGUCCCGAAAAGACGACGAAAAUUUGCGAACUGGUACCCGUCGAAUCGACUGGAAAUUGCUAAUCCAUAAUCGUCGAUUACAAUAAUCCGAUCGGAUUAUCGUUGAAUAUCCAAUUUCCGGGAAAAACAAAUUGUCCUGUCUGAAAAUCCACAAAUAAAUUUCACUGAUUCAUUAACUCCAGCCCAACUAUUUAGAUGCUUUGUAUCUCUUGACGUUUUCCUCCUCAUUUACUGUAAAACUGUUGAAUCAUUUACUCACGAAAGAAAAAUGAAAUUAGCACUGAUAAAAUCUAAGCUCUACUCUUCCAUGAGAGACCAAGAUUUACACCGGGUUUUGUUUUCACACUGUCAUCGCCUUGGCGAAGAGAAUUUGUUUUUUAAAUCUCGACUGGAAUGGUCAUGUAGUCGAACUUAAUACAAAUAAGUCUAAUCAA